AUUUCGCUCACCCAUCUCACUUUAUCUCACAAGUUUUUGUUUUCGUAACUUCGAUGCUGGCCCAGUUAAACGUUUAUUAUUCUUAUUAGCACAUACACAAUAACUUAAACUUCAGCUUUUAUCUCACAUUACACACAAAAUGUGCUACGUGAUCAUCACAGGGCGGAGUUUGGCCUGGCUCCUUUUGAGUUUGGUCGCCUUUAUGCUAAUCCUUUCCGGUAUAAUGACUCCCAAGUGGUUGUUAGGGCAGCCUAGGGUGCAAAAUAGGGAUAACGUUACCGGAUUUUAUGUGCCUAGUGUCGGGAUAUACAACAGAUGCUUGCGUAUAAAGGACAGCCAUGAUGACUGCGGUUCAUUCUCUUUCUACGGGUUCGCUACGGAUCCUAGCCGCUACCCUACACCUUGGAAGGCUGCUCUAUUUUUCUUGUCUUUAUGUGCAGCUAUACAAUUCUCGACGGUACUAGCCGGUGUAAUGGCGUGUUGUGUUCAAUCCGUGUUUAAGAAGAGUGUUAUAUCGUUAGCUGGAGCUACUCAAGCCUUGGGAGGGUUAUUCGGCGUCCUAGGCCUCCUGCUGUACCCCUGGGGUUGGGGCACCCAGCGCGUCAGGCAGCUUUGCGGCGAAAACUCGGAGCCCUACAUACCAGGAGAUUGCUCUAUUGGCUGGUCCUUGUACGUGGCGACGCUAGGCGUAGCGCAAGUCUUCUUGGCUAGCGCCUUAUCCCGCAGCGCGGACCGCGCCGCUAGUUCGGAAAAGGUGCAAUUCCAAAUAGACGAGGGGAAGCAGCUUAUUUGUCUAGCUUAGAAAUGCAAAAAAAGUCAUGACGUGUAUACACGUCGUUGAAAAAUCGUAACGUGUAUACACGUCAAUGAAAAUCCACACAUGACGUGUAUAUACGUCAUUGGAUACAAUAUUUUUGAGCAUGACGUGUAUACACGUCACUGUAAACAGAUGACGUAUAUACACGUCAAUGGAAGACCUAAAAAGACGUGUAUAUGCGUCAUUAAAAACGUGAUAGUUUCAAUCAUGACGUGUAUACACGUCAAUGAAAACUAGAUAAUGACAUGAAGGCCGAAAAAUACUCUUCCAAGGGAUUAAAUCAAUUGAAACAUGUAGUAAACCCCCAGGCUUGUCCUUGUACGUGGCGACACUCUGCGAAAGCCAAGAGGCUAGCAUCUUAUUCCAGUUGCAAAUAGGCGAGGGGAAACAGUUUAUUAGUCUAGCUUAAAAAUGCAAAAAAAGUUAUGACGUGUAUACACGUCGUUGAAAUAUUGUGACGUGUAUACACGUCAGUGCAACCCGCAUAUGACGUGUAGUUAAAGAUAGCUGACGAUACACGUGCGGAAAGGAAAUUCGUAACUCGUGUCGAUUUAAAACACUCCCUUCGGUUGUGUUUUAAUUUAUGGCUACUUAUGUCGUAAUAUGUACUAUUUCCCAUGUGAAACUAACAGACUGAUACUGACUUCCAAUCUUUAAUACUUGUAUUAAAAAAAAUUGCUUGUGCUUUUAUUAAAAUAAGCGAAAUUAUAAAAAAAAUAUACAUUUAGUUGUAGAAAAAAUUAUUAUAUUUAAGAUACAAAGAUGUGUGGUAAUACUCAUAAUAUUUAGAUUAUAUCUUCAGAACGUGUGUCAUUAAAUGUAUUUAUAUACAUAAUAAUAUAUUACUUAAGGUAUAGCGGGGCAAAUCUCGACUGGGGGGCAAAUGUAACUGGUCCAUUUUUUCCAUGUUUUACAA